CGGGGUAAACCACGCCCCGUUUCCCACGCGUUUACGUAAUGCCUCUGACGAGAGUGGGCAAGUGGGCUGUGGUGUAUGGAGUUGUAGCUGUGGAGAUGGCGGCCAUUACUGGCUCAUAUCUGCAGUGGAAGAAGCUCAACUCCAGCCAAGAUUACCGUAAAUGGAUGCGAGACCACCACCCUAAAGCCCUAGACGGUAGCGUUUUAUUGGACGUGUACUCUGGCAGGAGUCCACGAUGCCAAGGAGAGAGAUCUGAGAGACUGGAAGAACUCUUAGUGUGUGUGGGUGGCUUGCCUAGUCAUCAUCAUCAUCAUAAUAUGACAGCCAUGACUUAGAGCCCUUCACUCAUGGGAUGUAACAUUAACUGCGGCCAU